GAGAUUUCAAUUCAAUUCAAAUCGUCCAACAAAGCUGCACGAGCUCAGAGAGAGAGAGAGAGAGAGAGAGAGAAGAGAGAGUUAAGAUGGCCGAUACCAAAGUGGAGACAAUCUCAAGACUAGCGCAAUGGAAAAUCGAGAACUUCUGCCCCUGCUCUUUCAAAAAAUCCGAUCCUUUCAAAAUCGGAAUCUGGAACUGGCAAUUAUCCAUAGAGAAGAAUCGACAACUCUACGUUCGACUAUUUCCAGAGCCCUCACGGCUCUCCAAGGAGCAGCCUCCGCUUGCUCGCUUUGUCCUCCGAGUCUCUAACACCGGCGCUAACCGCAAGCUGUACAUCUCCCCCAUUCAUGAGAGACUGCUUCGGACAUAUGAAGACUUUGUUUGGUCUGUUGAUUCCCCCUUCCAUGGUCGCUUCAUCAUUGAUGUUGAGUUUCUGGACUUGAAGAUCUGCCCUUUGGACGGUGGAGAAGCCUGUUCUGUAUGGCCCAGUGAUCAGAUGAUGCAGUCUUCGUCGGCCCAAAAUACACUUCAGUGUCUUUCUCGUAUGCUUGACGAGGCCAUCCAUUCUGAUCUCACCAUUAACACUGUUGACGGCACUCUAAGAGCUCACAAGGCAAUUUUGUCUGCAAGUUCUCCUGUGUUUCAAAGCAUGUUUCAUCACAACCUCAAGGAAAAAGAAUCCUCUACUAUCUACAUUGAAGACAUGUCACGAGAAUCUUGCAUGGCCCUUCUCAGUUACUUGUAUGGAACCAUAAAACAAGAAGAUUUCUGGAAGCACAGGCUGACAUUACUAGGGGCAGCCAACAAAUAUGGCGUUGCUCACCUUAAAGAGGCCUGCGAGGAAAGCCUCUUGGAAGACAUUAACUCAGGGAAUGUGCUUGAGAGGCUGCAAGAGGCUUGGCUUUACCAGUUGAACAAGUUGAAGAAAGGAUGUUUGAUGUACUUGUUUGAUUUUGGCAAGAUAUAUGAUGUUAGAGAUGAAGUUGAUAACUUUUUCAGGCAUGCAGAUAGGGAACUGAUGCUAGAGAUGUUCCAAGAGGUGCUUACAGUCUGGAAGCCGGUAUGAAUCAACAUUGGAAUGUCUUCGGAUAUAGGUAAAUGAUAGAUUGUUGUACAUAGUACUAAGUAUAUGAGCAUACCCAGGUUUAAACAUGGCAGGAACUAGUAGUUUCAGUCGUGAAGAAAACAUGCUUUCUGAUCUGGGUGUAAAAAAUCCUGCAAGUUUGAACCAAAUGAGACAAGGCUUUUAUCUGUUAUAUAUUACCGGUAUAUUAAACUCAUAUACACCAUUUGGGCAAAAAUAUGAGUGUAGCUUCUCCUA